AGAAUCGGUCGGGUCGUAUGUUGCGGGCUGCUGCGGCUCGGGCGCGACAGUUCUACCCCGACCAUCGCCGGUUGAUUUUCGCGUGACGACGGUAUCGUGUGCAACGGCGAACGCGAACCGGACGAUUCGACCGUUCGGGUUUGGUCCACGUUCUCCCGUGCUAAACGCUAUUCCUGGACGCGGGACGCAGAAUCCGGAGACGAUCCGGCGAGUCAAUUGGAAAUUCCGUUCGGGUUACAGAGCGAAGGGAAGGAGAGGCGAACGAUAAGUACACGGAAUCGGUGGUGUGAACGAGUAUAUUCCUAUACGCGUCGCUGGUACACCGUGCCACGCAGAAUCCUAGCGAGGUUCAUGAAUCGAAGAUAAAUCUCGCUUGGACCAGGCGGAAAAAGCGAUAGAAGCGGAACGGAGGGACGUACAAAAGGGCAGAGGACAGGAGAGACAAGAACGUAGACGUAUCGCAAGUGUCAACGUACAUUGUGCCAGGCUCGCAAGUCGAGGAGAUACACCUCGACAAUCUCCUGAAAGAACGACGUAGACGGGGCGCGAGGAGACAAGGGGUGCAAAGUGGAGGGAAGUAGACUCGAGGAAGCGGAAGAGACACCGAAUCGGUGGUCUCAGCGAGAUCUAACCGCCUCGACGGUGCAUUGAACUACGGCAUGUGGAAACGUCUUUCAACCAGGAUCGUUACUGCUGCUCCUUCGACGAAACGUCAUCACACGUGUUUAACCAGCACACGUCCUCGAGCGUUCGCCACAAAACGGGUAGCAAACUCAAAAUCGAAGCUCUCUGACGAAAAUCGGAAACCUGUCUCCGACACUUACACGAUCCCGAAUCGACUCCCUCGUCCGAAAUCGUCGAUUUAAUCCGAGAUAACUCCGUUUCGGUAUUCUUGCCCGUCAGUCUGAUUAAAGCCGCUGCCGAGUCCUCCAGUAAUCAGAGUCGUACCUAAAAAUUCGUAUUUUAGUAUUCUCGUGCGAUUGACAGAAAUGAGGGGGAACGGAGAAUAUGCGGUAAACCGUGGGGGAAGGCAAGGAUCCAAGAUUUAAACAUAGCAUUCUUGGACCAUGGAGCGGAAGAGUUAACGACACGACGUAUCACGACCGACUCUCCUCCGGUCGUCAUCCCCCGAUUUUACCUUCCCAACCAUUGUGUUCGAUAAAAAAUAGUUAUUACAUACACAGAUAUUAUACGUAUACACAGAAACACAGAGUGUUUUAUCGAAGAGAAACUAAUAGGCGCGCGCGCGGAUGUCUAUAUACCUCGUUAUUUCGUCAUAGAUUAUAGAAUGUUACGUAUUUAACGUUAAUUAGAUUUAACUGUAAGUAAGAUACCGAACAUUCGAGGCAUAGGUGAGCGAAGUGAAUCGUGGCAAAGUUCAAGAGUCGAGACUUUCGUAGCCGUCGCCGCCGCUCGGUCAGAGAGAGAGAACGGGUUAACGAGAAUAAUCGACGUUAAUUAUUUACCGAUUUUACGUGAUCGACAUUCCUCUGACUCUGUUCAUAGUUUCGACCGCGCUUCUCCUCCUCUUUCCGUCCUCUUCUCCGCUACCACCAUCUCUCUCUCUCUCUCUCUCUCUCUCUCGAUUUCUCUAUCUCUUUCCCUCUCUCUCUCUUUCUCGAUUUGUCUCCUUUCCGCGGGAAUAUCGUUUGCUCACGUUUCACGCCAAUUCGCCAAUGUAGGUACUUACUUCCCCCCCGCACGGUGCUCAAUUAAACGUAAGUACAAAGAAUUCGCGAAUGUGUAAAAAUAUUUUUUCUCCCGUGACACGAAACUCCGUCGACAUGUAAAAGAACUCUGUCCAAGAUUAGACCAGCGCGCGUAAUUGAAAAAAAAGCUACCUCAAACGGUGUUCCAAUUCGACUCUCCCCGAUCGAUCUCGACCGAAACGAUUUCUCCGUGAACCCUCGCAUUUAAACGGGUCUCUCGACCGGGGAAAAAAAAUAAUCGAAACGAUCGGGAUAAAGGAUAAAAUAGCCAAAUGAUAAACGUGCCGUCGGCCAGAAAUAAACAGAGGGAUAUGUAUCGCAACGAGGCAGCGUCUCGCGGCCGUUUCGGAGGCAAUGCCGGCGAGGGAAGUUGAGAUCGAGCCGCGAAAGAUCGACAUGCUCUUGCGGAACCAUACAACCACACGCACACCAAACGACCAGCUAACGGAGAAAAGCAAAUACAAUCAUGUCAUGGGAAUCUAUCUCUUCGAGAGACUACCUCGGUGGACCGGCGAGCCAUCAACUGUCCGCUACCGCCCUGCUGGGUAGCCCGGACGGUUCGCGGCAUCCUCUGGACGUGUGCGAGUUCGCCGAAGAGGAUUACCGGCAUCAGAAUUCGAACGGGAACGAUCAUUACCAGAACGGCAGGUCCGGUUCUGGUUUGUGGGAAUGUCUGAUAGGCUGCAGACGUCGGUUGGACCAGCACAUGGCACGGAGACGGGUAGAACAGGGCUUGAAGCUCUAUCGCGCUCACAAACAACAGGCCGCGGUGCGCAAGUGGCGGGGCGCUUUGAAGAACAUUAGACAACGGGAAGACAAAUUCGCUCUGCUCGGUUAUCUCUAUCAGGCUUAUAUGGAUUGGGGAAAGUACAGGGAUAGCAUCGAUUUCGGACGCAAACAGCUGUGCAUAUCCGAGGAAUUGGACUCGCCGAACAUGCGAGCAGAAGCGUACUUGAAUUUAGCGAGGGCGCACGAGAGAUUAGGUACAUUGGACAGAGCCCUGGAGUAUGCGAGGCACAGUUUGUACAAUGAAUGCGACCAGUGCGCGACCGCAGGUUUGGUCCAUCUCACCGUCGGCAGAGUUCAUUUAGAAUUGGCUGGAUUUUGUAAAGCGUUGGAAGCGUUUCAAAGAGCCCACAAAAUUGCUCAUUCGAUACAAGACCCGUCUUUGGAAUUACAGGUGUACGUAGGUUUGUCGGAGCUGUUCUGCAGAUUGCACGACGCUGAUAAGAGCGCGAGAUACGCGGCCAGGGCGUAUGAUCUCUCGAGGGGUUUGCAAUUGGGCGACUUGAACUCUCGACACCACCGAGCAGCCCUUCUUCAAAUGGCUGCGGCGCUCCGAAAAAAAGGGGAACUCGGCGACGCCCACGAUUAUUGUUCGGAAGCAACGCGAUUAUCACUCGUUUCUGGAGAUCAGGCAAGUUAUGCCAGAAGUAUACGAAUAAUGGGAGAUAUUUAUAGGAAAAAGUCUGACAUAAACAAAGCGUUUCGACAGUACGAGAGCGCCAUGGGAUCCGCGGCAGCGACGGGAGAUCGCCUCUGCCAAAUGGAAGCCAUGGACGGUGCCGCUAGGUGCCUCGAAGCUCUCCGUCUCCAACACAAAAUAUGCAAUUGUCGUCCUCUCGAAUUCAACACCAGGCUACUCGAGGUGGCUGGAUCGGUCGGUGCUAAGUUCCUGGUACGAACUGUGAGAUCGAGGCUCUCGCGAAUUUACGGUUCUCUCGGCGACGAGGAACAGAAGGCUCAUUACGAGAGAUUAGCCGCGGCGAUGGAAGACGAUUUGGAGCUACGAUGCGGCGGCUGCAACGAGCCGUUCGGCCUCGAACCCGAUUCGUUGGAAGCGUUACCUUGCUCUCAUAUAUUACAUGCCAGGUGCGCGUACGACAUCUUAAAAAGACGGGAUAAAAAAAAGAAACGUCUGUGUCCAGACUGUCACAAGUCCGUUAGUUCACGAUUGUACCUGCAUUGCGAGGAUCCUCACGGCAUGAAUACUUUGAAUCACAGUUCCUUGAGUCUGGCGUCGUUAAGAGCCAGCAGUCUAGCCACGUUGGACGACUGUCACGCAACCAGCAGCGUUUAAACGUCGGCGUACGCAGCCCAUUGGCAACGUGUCGACGAGAAUAAUUUCGUUUUUCAAGUUCACAGAACGACACGCGGCCCGCGCGCGCGCUCACUUUUCGAGCGCGCGCCACCUACACAGAAAACACAAACACAAACACAAACACAAACACAAAUACACAUGCAUUUACGCGUGCGCACGUUUGCUCACGUUUAUAUCCUGAUCACCGGUGCGACAUAGUACUACAUUAAACGUUACUUACUGUAUUCCGAUCUAUGUAUGUACUGUAAAACCUCGGGGUAUACGCGGUAUCGAGCUUGCACAAUCUGCCAAUUAAACCAUUAGAGAUCCAUGUUAUUUAACGCGUGGAUCGUCUUUAAAUUAGGACAAACAAAUUCAAGGAAUACUAGCACGAUUCAAGAAGACUUAAUGGCAAUAAAGAAUGCACAUUCAGUUGA